AUGGAUAAUGCUGACUGGCUAAUAAGGCGCCAUAGUACAGUAACAGCAUGGGAUGUCACCUUCGAGUAUCGAUACAGUUCAAAUGUUUUUUAUAGUCAAUGCGUUUCUUAUAAUGAUACUGUAACACCACAAAACAUAAAUCAAACGAAUGGGAAACAUCGAUCACUCUCCAAGGAAGAUGCUGGCGGCCAGGCUUCAGUCUCCAGCCUCCGCUUUUGA